UGCCGUACCAGUCACGUGACACUCAAAUAUGGCUUCCCUCUCGCAAUGAUGGAGGCGCUGUGUUGACAACAAGGCAAAACUGAAACUCUUAGUCGGUUUAUUUUCCUGCUGACACCAGUCGGACUUACGAUGCAGAAGAUCAAGUCUCUCAUGGCCCGACAGGGCCUGAAAAGCCCCCAGGAGAGCAUGGCAGACCUGAGUCCUGUGGAGAACCUGAGGAUCCCCAGCAAGGAGGAGUUGCGGGAGAUGAGGGAGCAGCCCAUCGACCCCCAGGCGGAGCAGGAGAUCAUCGACAGCAUCGAGGAGGUCUACUUCUCAAACGACUCCUUCGACAUGGUGCAGCACGAGCUGGAGAAACUCCCACCUGAGCUGAACCUGCAGGAGCUGGAGGAGUGUAGAGACAAGCUCAAAAGACAGCAGGCUGCAGUUUCAAAAAAGGUCGCUGAUCUCAUCCUGGAGAAACAGCCUGCUUAUGUAAAGGAGCUGGAGAGAGUGACGGCGUUACAGACCAACCUCCAGCUGGCAGCAGUCAUUUGCACUAAUGCAAGGAGGCAACUGAGUGUGGCCAAGGAAGGAUUCACUGAGGCCAGCCUGGGUCUGCUGGCCAAUCAAAGAAGACGGCAACUGCUGACAGGCCUGCUCAAGUCUCUGAGGACCAUCAAGACCCUGCAAAGAACUGAUGUCAGACUCAGCGAGAUGCUCGAGGAGGAAGACUAUCCAGGUGCAAUCCAGCUCUGUCUGGAAUGUCAGAAAGCUGCCAGCACCUUCAAACACUACAGCUGCAUCAGUGAAUUAAAUUCCAAACUGCAAGACACUCUAGAGCAAAUCGAGGAGCAGCUUGAUGUCGCCCUGUCGAAGACUUGUAAGCACUUUGAUGUUUCGCACUACACCAAGGUCCAGCUGGCCUACACGCUCCUGGGUAAAACACAGACUGCUAUGGACCAGUUGCACAUGCACUUCACCCAGGCCAUCCACAACACUGUGUUCCAAGUGGUGCUGGGAUAUGUUGAGCUGUGUGCCGGCAACGCUGACACCAAGUUCCAGAAGAUGCAGUACAAGGACCUGUGCACGCAUAUCACCUUAGACAGCUACAUUCCCUGCCUGACGGAUCUGUGCAAGGCAUUGUGGGAGGUGAUGGUGAGCUACCACCGCACUAUGCAGUGGCACGAGGAGCAUGACAAACAGGAGACCACACCCACCCCAGAUGAUGCAGCUGCAGCAGAGUCUGAUGAGUUGAUGGUGGAUCGCAGCUAUGUAAAGAAGAAACUGGAGCACGGACUGACACGGAUCUGGCAGGAUGUCCAGUUGAAAGUGAAGGCCUACAUCCUGGGUACAGACAUGUCAAACUUCAAAUACGACGAUUUCAUAGUGGUACUGGAUGUCAUCAGCAGGUUAAUGCAGGUGGGUGAGGAGUUCUGUGGCAGCAAGUCAGAGGUCCUGCAGGAGUCCAUCAAACGCCAGAGUGUCAACUACUUUAAAAACUAUCACAGGGCACGACUGGAGGAGCUGAGGAUGUUUCUGGAAAAUGAGACGUGGGAGCUGUGUCCAGUCAAGUCUAACUUCAACAUUGCUCAGCUCCAUGAGUUUAAGUUUAUGGGCCAGUGUCGCUCUCCGUCUGUUUCCCCGAGCAGACAGCCUGCGUCUUCAACCAGCCCACCUCAGGAGGAGCCGUCUCUGUUCCAGCAGUACCUUCAGGAGGGAAACCCUUUUGAGAUGCACAUUGAGCACAAAGAGGAGGAGACGGAGGAUGUGCUGGCAUCUAAUGGAUACGAGUCAGAUGAGCUGGAGAAGAGUGUGUACCAGGAUUACGACAGCGACAGCGAUGUCCCUGAUGAGCUGAAGCAGGACUACGUUGAUGAGCAGACAGGUGAUGUUCCUCAAAAGAGCGUGUCCCGAGAGACCAUAAGAAGCAAGAAAAAGUCCGACUACAACCUUAACAAGACCAAUGCGCCGAUCCUCACCAACACCACCCUCAAUGUCAUCCGGCUUGUCGGAAAGUACAUGCAGAUGAUGAACAUUCUGAAGCCAAUCGCCUUCGAUGUGAUCCACUGUGUAUCACAGCUCUUCGAUUACUACCUGUACGCCGUAUACACCUUCUUUGGACGUAAUGACAUGCCUGUCCCAAGCCCAUCUUUGCCAGCUCACGGUGGCAGAGAGACAGGCCCUGCCAGGGUGGUGGGCCCUGCUUGCUUGUAUGAGUCAUCAGGUCUGGGCCUUAUCAGCAGCAGACUGAGAACCACACUGAACCGGAUCCAGGAGAGCCUCAUUGACAUGGAGGCUGGCGGGGAGAAUGCAGGAGUCCAUGGUCCAACAGAGGACAGGAAGGAGAAGGUUCCCAGCCCCCACCUCAGCCAAAUGGUGGUCCUCACUAGCAGUGGGACUCUGUAUGGACUGGCACAGAGGGUUGUGGCCACUGAGUCCCUUGUGUUUCUGGCUGAACAGUUUGAGUCUCUCCAGUCCCACUUGGACACAAUGAUGCCUGCAGCCAAGAAGCCCUUCCUACAGCAGUUUUAUUCCCAGACGGUGUCUACAGCCAGCGAACUGCGGAAACCGAUAUACUGGAUUGUGGCAGCCAAGGCCAUCGACUACGAACAGAUGUUGCUCAUGAUGGCUGGAGUUAAAUGGGACAUUAGGGAGAUAAUGUCACAGCAUAACGUGUACGUGGACGUCCUAUUAAAGGAGUUUGAACAGUUCAACAAGCGGCUGGGUGACGUUUCCAGACAUGUGCGCAUCCCCCUGCCGGUGUCCAACGUCCUGUGGGAGCACUGCAUCCGCCUGGCCAACAGGACUCUAGUCGAGGGUUAUGCUAAUGUGAAGAAAUGCAGCAACGAGGGUCGGGCCCUGAUGCAGCUGGACUUUCAACAGUUCCUGAUGAAGCUGGAGAAGCUGACUGACCUGCGGCCCAUCCCUGAUAAAGAGUUUGUCGAAACCUACAUCAAGGCCUAUUACCUGACUGAGAAUGACAUGGAGCAGUUCAUCAAGAAUCACCGAGAAUACUCCAUGAAGCAGCUAGCCAACUUGGUCAACGUCUGUCUGGGUUCACAUAUAAACAAGAAGGCUCGUCAGAAACUUCUGGCAGCUAUCGACGACAUCGACAGACCCAAGAGAUAGACUGAAUGACGGAUCAAAACCCAAACGUACCAACCGACCCACAGAGAGGGAUACUCCCACAGAGCUGCGCAUGAGGUGGAGCUCAGCAUCGAAUGUCUUCAUUUUCAGUUCAGUAGAAAUGUAUAAAGAUGUGUUCAACAAGAUGAACAGUGUGUGCACUAGUCGAGCUCCUCUAUACACAAAUUUUUGAAAAAAAGGCAACCAAAUGCUAAUUAUCUGCUAAUUUAGUCUUCAUAUGGUCAAAAUCACAGCACCUCCUGACAUGCUGACGGACAUAAGCCUGUUUCACGCUCGAGCUUGCUGCAGUUAUUCUAUGCAUUGGCGGACCAUAAUGCAUGCUCUCAUGUUAUAAAUUUGCAAACAUGCUGCUUAGGAAGUUUUCCGCGAGCUUUCUGCAACCACACAUCUCUUCAGUGACUGUGAGGAAAUUAUGUUGAGUUUGUUGUUUGAGACAGACAGCUGCAAAUACAGAAUCCAGCAGUGUAACGUGACGUGACGUGUCGCUCAACCUCGUGGCUGUUUGACAUUCCGUCUAGUGUUUACCAAACGUGCUGAAUCUCUGACACAUCUCCUACCUUCACGUUCAAGAAAACAAAAAGUGAACAUGGACGAGUUUAAAUUUGAGUCGCGUAAUGUUGUUUUGCUUUGUGGAAAAAUACGAGAAGAUUUUAUUACUUGUACCUCUCUGCUGUCUGAAUGUGCUCAUAUACGGAGAAACUGUGGAUCUGGUUUCUUGUUUUCCUUAAUCAUUUUUUUGUAUAAUUUCUUCCAGCCUGCGUGUUUGCUAUAUAUUACUUCACUUCAGGGUAUUUCUUGCGCUUGACUGGACUCUCUGCUUCCGUGUUCUGUUUGUUUAAUCCACGAAUAAGAUAAAUCUAAUAUAAUGAUGAUUCUGAAAGUAAUAUAAAAUUCUGUAGUUAGCAUUGACAUAGUUAGAUCAUAUCUGCACCAGCUGCACUUCUUUGUCUAGCAUCUGUCUUAUCGGAGAAGGGAAUUAUUUGAUUGUCCUGUGUUUUCCUCGGACUUCAGUCUUUGACCUGAGUGGUAAAAUUGCAGCCUAAUUCUGUUUUGUAGGUUUGUCAGUGUAUUGUAGUUAGUUUACAAACUACAGCAGCUUUCCUCCGAGGUGCCCCCCACGAGUCCUUUCCAUUAGUUUAACCUGAGCAGGCCUGCAGAGAGGUUUGCCAGAUGAACUUAAUGUGAAAUGGGGGGGGGGGAAAUGAAGUCACAUUUUUUGAUACUGCUUCAUAUACACUUUGUGUGCAACUAUUCCAAGACGAACACUGUAAAUGUGAAUGUUUUGAACAAUGUCUGUAUUUAUUUCUGGCUUUGUGUCUCCUUUGGGUUUUUAUAUGGUAACUGCUGGAAGCGUGUGUCAUUUAUCACUUCUCAGCUUCUUGUCAUCCAAAUACAAAUAUUUAAAAUUGUCAAAUUAUGUUAAGGGUCAAGUGCACUAUAGUAAAAAUCUGUAAUCAGUGUUGGAGUUGUAGGUUGAACCAGAUGAUUAUUCUAACACAAUAAACACACUAACAAUA